GGGAGCCAAUCCGAGGGGAGGGAAGUGGGGUUUGUUGCCAUGGCGACAGCAGCCGGGCCUAGGCAUGGCGGCGCGGGACCUGAGCCGGGGGCUGGAGAGCCUACCCGUGUCGGUGUGGCCGCCGUGCGAGGAACCCCCGGCUUUCCAGUAUAGCCCAGAACACGUGGCGGGAGCAGGAGAAGACACUGACCCUUCUGAAAUCACUUUUCCAGGAUGUAAUUGUCUUACUGCUUCCUGCGUGGCCAACACUUGUUCGUGUCUUCGCCAUGGUGAAAACUAUAACAGUUCAUGCAUCAAAUACAUAGGAAGUGAAGUAGACUAUACUAAGCCUAUUUUUGAAUGCAAUGCCAUGUGCCGUUGUGGUGAGUUCUGUCAAAACAGGGUUAUUCAGAGGGGUUUACAAUUCAGACUUGAGGUGUUCAAGACUGUUAAGAAGGGUUGGGGUCUCCGCACACUGGAGUUCAUACCUAAAGGAAGAUUUGUGUGUGAAUAUGCUGGUGAAGUUCUCUGCUUCCGUGAGGCAUGUAGAAGAAUACAGGCACAGACACCAGAAGAUUCAAACUAUAUUAUAGCUGUGAGGGAACACUUGUAUGAUGGACAGAUAAUAGAGACAUUUGUUGAUCCUAUGAAUAUAGGAAAUGUAGGCAGGUUCCUGAACCAUUCUUGUGAGCCAAAUUUAUUUAUGGUUCCUGUCCGAAUUGACUCUCUGGUGCCCAAACUGGCACUUUUUGCUGCUGCUGCUAUCUCUGCUGGAGAAGAACUUUCAUAUGAUUAUUCGGGAAGAUUUCUUAACAUACCGCUAAUCAAAAGAGAGCAGGAAAUGUUAGAGGAAGAUGAUGUAAUGAAAAAACCCUGUUACUGUGGUGCUAAAUCAUGUGUUGGUUUUUUACCGUAUGAUAGCUCUCUGUGCUAUACACCAGGCAAACAAACUUUUGGCAAAGUUUCUCAAGGAAACAGCUGUGCAUAGGGAUUCAAAAAGAUUGACAGCACUGAAUAUAGCAUCUAUUGUCAGAUGUGCCUAGACAAAAAUGGAAUGAGAUUCCUUUGCCCCACCACCCAAAAAAAUAACCACAGAUCCCGCUCCUCACAUAUACACACACCAACAGCUACAGCAAGGGUAGAAGUAUAACGGCAAGAUGUGGGAGGGGGAAAUGGGAAAUGCCACUCCACUUAGCUUCAAGUGAAAGGUUAAAUGACUAAUCAGGACUACAGGCAAAGUGUAGGAAGUAAUUGUUAUGUACACUAUAAUCUUAGGCAGUUAGAGGCAUUUGGCCUUCAUCUGUACAUUUCCCAGUACGCCCAGGACACAGUGAACCCAUAACCUUACAUCUCAGUAAGGGUUAAUACUCAACACAUAGGUGAAGGAGAAGUCAAAGCAGAGGCACUGAUGGUGCAAAAUAAACAGAAGCUAAGGCAGGUGUAAAGUGCUGCAGAUGAGUAUGUUAGAUAGUAUAUGCAAAAGGAAAAAAUGCUGUUUUUAAGCGAGGAGAUUGCAAUCUGGCUUACUGCUCUGACUGUUAGAGCCAGCCUUGGACAAAAACCAAGACAGAGUUCCUGACAAUAUCCUCAAAUAACACGCUGAACAAUCUCCUGUACUCUCAACUUGAUUCCAGGUUGAUGAUGCAAGAGAUAGUUAAACGGGUGACCUGCUGCCACAGCUAACCUUUUCCUGUUAAAACAAGAAAGCUUAUGAUAAAUUGCCACAGCUCAAAGGGCAGCUGAAGGUUUUGAUAUAAAGCCUGUUUCAAUGGACAGUGAGGUAUAUAGAAACAGAUUAAAUUAGAAUGGUAGGUGCAGAAAAGAGGGAAUUUGGGGAGAUGAAUUUUUUUUCCUUAUCUAACUCACUUGAGAACUAAAGCUUGAAAAAAAAUCAAGGUGACAGGUGCAAAUUAACAGUGGCAUUUACAAAGUGGCACCCGUUUUUGUUUUUUUAAACUGUGUGCUAUUAAUAGCUCUUUCAAACUAAAA